UAGGACGCGCCGCGAUGCUAGGUUUGUUUUGAUUCAGCUGAAGAAAGUAAAGUGGCAGUGUCCAAACAGAAAAAAAAAAAAAAAAUAUCCUGGUGAAGCAACUGAGAUACACGUGACAUCCGGUUAUAAAGAUGGAGUUAAUUAAAGAGGAGAGUGAAGACAUGAAGAUUGAAGAAACAUUCAGAGUCAAACAAGAAGAUCCUGAGCAACUAACAGAACUGAUGUCAUUGAAUGAGGAGAGUGACAUGCUGACUGAUAUGGAAGAGAAAGAUCAAUAUGAGAAACAUCAUGAUUUCAUAACUGGAGAUGAAUCUUUUAGUUGCUCACAGACUGAAAAUACUUCCUCACGAAAGAUAGCUCAAAAGAUAGGAACAAGAAGUUAUUUUGCCUGCUUUCAGUGUGGGAAGAGUUUCAGUCAACAUGAAAACCUUCAGGUCCACCUAAAACUUCACACUGGAGAGAAGUCUUACACAUACCCUCAAUGUGGAAAACAAGAUGGGAAACUUAAAGUCCACACAAGAUUUCACACUCAAGAGAGCCCUUUUACCUGCCAACAGUGUGGAAACAUAUUCACUCAAAAAGGAAGCCUUAACAGGCACAUGAGAAUUCACAUUGGAGAGAAGCCUUACACAUGCCCUCAGUGUGGAAAGAGUUUUGAUCAACAUGGGAAUCUUAAAGUCCACAUGAGAGUUCACACUGGAGAGAGCCCUUUCGCCUGUCAACAGUGUGGAAAAAGUUUCAGCCGAAAAGGAAACCUUAAUUAUCACAUGAGAGUUCACACUGGUGAGAGCCCUUUCACCUGCCAACAGUGUGGAAUAAGUUUCACUGUAAAAGGAAGUCUUACCAGGCACAUGAGAAUUCACACUGGAGAGAAGCCUUACACAUGCCCUCAGUGUGGAGAGAGUUUCGAACAGCAUGGAAACCUUAAGGUCCACAUGAGAAUUCACACUGGAGAAAAGCCUUACACAUGCCCUCAGUGUGAAAAGAGUUUUGAUCAACAUUGGAACCUUAAAGUCCACAUGAGAGUUCACACUGGAGAGAAGCCUUACAAAUGCACUCAGUGUGGAAAGAGUUUUGAUCGACAUGGAAACUUUAAAGCCCAUGUGAGGGUUCACACUGGAGAGAAGCCUUACACAUGUGCUCAGUGUGGAAAGAGUUUCACUCAAAAAGGACACCUUGAAGUCCACAUGAGAAUUCACACUGGAGAGAAGCCUUUCACCUGCCAAAAAUGUGGAAAAAGUUUCAGCCGAAAAGAAAUCCUUGACAAGCACAUGAACAUUCACACUGGAGAGGAUGAGUUUAGCUCUAUAUGGACAUCUUAAAGCCCACAUAAAAAUUCACACUGGAGAGAAACAUUUAUAUUUGGUCAGUGUGGGAAGAGUUUAUGAUAUAAUGCAUCCCUUAAUAUAUAUAUGUUUCCUUUGUCGAAAUGGCAUGAGACUUUGUACAGUUGUGAACACUUGCUAGCUUUACAACUAAAAAAAAAUAAUUCGAUUGAUAUGUUUUAUGUUAGUGUAAAAAAAAAAGUCACACUCAGGAUGUUUGGUUGUCUCUUGAGACCCCACAUUGAAAUGAAUGGGGAAAUUAUAAAAUUAAUACUUUUUCUUUAUUAUUUGUCUAAUAAAAUCACUAAAUUCGCCACAAUGCAGAACACAAAAUACACAAAAAUGAAGUGGCAACCCUUCCACUCAUCCACAAUGUGGAACGCUCUCCACCACCACCACAAACACCCCCACCCCCUAAAAAUCACCCAUUGACAUCAAUGGGAGACUAUAUAAAUACUGAUUUCUGUUACAUAAUUUGUCAAAAAUGACAGUUACAAUGCAGAAAACAAAAACUGAAGGGGUGACACCACAGCACACCCAUGAUAGAGGAAAAAUACACAACAACACCCACCCAAUGCCCCCCAAACCAACAAAAUCACUCAUAAGAAAUAAAAAGUGGCAUGACAUAAUUUUCUCUCUCUUACAUAACUUGAAGGGGUGCUCCGAAGGAUCGGCUAACGAUCACUAUCAGCCGGUAAUUGCUUUGGGAUGUUUGAUCGCCUGUCUCUAAAAAGGCCGCUUCAAAUCACAUUUUGGCUUCAAAUCACAUCUGCACUACAAUUGAGCUGCACGCUGCACAGUUAACACAGGAUUUAUCACUUGCACAACUGAGGCAGUGUCGAAUCGUCACUAAAUUUUAUAAAAUGCGUGCAAUACCGUGCGCUCAUGCACACUCACAACGCAUACACAUAAUGCCAGGUUCACAUUACUCAGUUUGCAGUGCGUAUGCGGUACGUAUUUUUUCCGCGCUCAUGUUAAUGGAUUGAAGCGUUCACACUGCACCCGGCAGUGCGUUCCAGUAGCAGUACAUCUGCAGCAGUGCAGAGAUCCUUUCAAGUUCUGUUUUUGCUGCGCUGCAAGCGCAUUGUUCGUGGUAAAUAUGAACAUGGAUUGACACGAAAAUGUAGUAAUUACACCAUAAAUGCAUAUAAUUAAAGUCUACUGUGUUUCACAGUCAACACAUACAGUAGGCAAUUACUUGGCUAGGUUUAAAGGAAAAGAGCACUUUUAGAUAAAGCAAUAAUAGAUGGCACUUGUCGAGGUAGUAAAACGUUCUGAACUGCAGGAUUGCUUGUAAAAUAGAAUUAAAUGCCAAAGAAAAGGCAGUAGAGUUGUGUUUGUAAUAAACAGCCUGUGCUGUGUAAACUAUUGUGCAACAAUUGCACGAUUGUCAAAACAA